GUGUCAGUUCGGCUCCUGUCAGUCGCUGAAGAGGACGAAAGUGACCUACUGUGAUAACAACACAAUGCGUGCAUUCCAAGUUUUAGUAGUGAUCGCGGUCUGCGCCGCUGUGAACGCGGGCUACAUUGGCUACGCUGAUGCAGGGUAUGGCGGGCUACAAGGAUACUCGGACGGGUACUCGGGGGGAUAUCAAGGAGCAGACGACGGGCAUGCAGAUUAUUAUGCUUAUCCCAAAUAUGCUUACGACUAUUCCGUGAGUGAUCCACAUACUGGAGAUCAUAAAUCACAAUGGGAAUCUCGCGAUGGCGAUGUUGUUAAAGGUGCAUAUACACUAGCGGAACCAGAUGGCACCACUCGUAUCGUAGAGUAUACCGCUGACAAACACAAUGGAUUCAAUGCAGUCGUCAAGCGUAUCGGACAUGCUCAACACCCUCAGGUCUACAACACCCACAGUGAUGGUGCUGGUUACUACGGAUACCACUAGAUGGAGCUGUUAAUAAAUACUGUGUAAUAGUUGCAUUUUAGAUGGCGCUGUAAAUCUCAAUAUGUACAUACAGGUAUCGCUAAAAUAAAAAAUUGUCGCAAGCAUUGUACAAUUAUGCGACAUUUAUGGUCUGUAAAUAUUCCUGCCAUCUGUUACCUAUUUAUUCUUUUCCUUAGCAUGUAAGAUUUCGACGGUAAAAUUGUUACUGUUUGACCAAAACAAAAUAUACAAUUUGUAACAUGUA